UCACUUCAAUUACAUCCAUUAUCGCCCUCACUAGUCCGUUGACUUCAGCAGCAUUUCUUGGCAAUAAGAUUAGAUCAAGAUGGAUAAACGACCUGAGAUUGACUUCAACUUGUAUAUAGUUUAGGUUAGGUGGUAAUUAGAACGAAGGCAGAGUGUAACAGGGCGUGUCUCGUGAACCAACUUGAUUCAAGAAAGAAAAUGGGUAAAUUAGUCAUAAUAGUUAAUUGAGAAUGAAACUAGAGAGUGUCUAGUUGAGAAUAGUUGACCGAGAGGUCUUGUGUUCGAAUAUCAGGGACCUCAUUUGUUAAUCAUUUUGUUCUCAUAUUAGAGUAAACUUCAAAUCCCUAUAAGUUGACCUUCACUUGAGGAGGUGUGCCAGUAAACCAUAUAAGAUUAACCUAUCUCAAAAACUCACGUUAUUGAUACUAAAUGGUCAUUGAUCACAAAGCACACCAUUCGAAAGCGAAUGGCUAACAAAAGCAUGAAUAAUUAUUUGGUACACAGAAAGUGCAAUUUUUUUUAUAGUUUCGACUAAAAUAAUGUAUUUUAAUUUACCAAUUUUUUUUAAAAUGUAAAAGUAUUUUAUGAAUGAUUUAAAAAUUUAGGCAAAGUACACUUGUAUAGCCAAAACUUUCGCGUUUGUGCCAAUAAUAGCCAAAUUCAUGAGUCAAUUUUAUUGCCUAAUUUGACUCAAUUAUCUUGUAUUAAAUGGGGUCUGAGUUGGACUUAAAUGAGUCUAUUAGAGUCCAAAUGAUUGACGCAAAAAAGAGCAAUAUUGAUUAUUUCACUAACAAUCUUCAAUGCACGUUCAAUAUUGGCGUUCCAUGUUUAUAUUUGUGUCAGGGGUCGGAUAGUAUGCCUACCCCCAAAGGGGUCGGUUUUUUGACACCCUAUUCUUGAUUGGUCACUUUUCCAUUAAAUUAUUUGGCAAGUUGUAUUAAUGGAAGUUAUUUUUUAUUUAAUUUUUUGUAAUUUUGUAAACUGUGAUAAUACUUAUGGAUGGGGAAUGGCAAUAUAGCUGGAUGGGGAACUUGACGACUCCCGUAAUAAUUAAAAAUGUGCCUUUUCAUCUCUCAUAUUCCCUCCGAAAAAAUAGCUACACAUCCCUCUCCUCUAAAGAACUUGACUGCGAUUCUCUCCCCUCUCCUCUGCAGAAAUCGAUGGCGGCCGGAAACCAAAAGCAUCGCCGCGGUGGGAUUGCCUCCAACCUGCCUGAUGGGUUGCUCGCCGGCGGAGUACAAGAAACAAGGGAUGCGACCGGAGAUAGAGCCAACGAAGGCCACGCUGGGACGGAAGACAUAUCUGAGAUUCCGCGCUAUGACUUUGGGCAUGCCAAGAACGGUGGCUCUUGUGCAUCGAAGGACGGAGAGGUGAAGACGAGAUCAGACUCUCCUUCCAACCGCAAGUGGACUGAUGGCCACCGAGAGAGAACCCGCCAGAGAUGAUGAAGAACAUGGAGGGCGGUGGCGGGUCGUUUCUUACCUCUCCCUAUAGUGAAGUGCAACCCUACAGCGUCUGGGCGACGGCGGCACUGCCGUGAACAUGUACCACUGAUUUGGUACAUAUACCAGUGAACUGAUACAUGUAUCACUGAAGUGGUAUAUGUACCAAUGACCUGAUACAAGUACCUUCAAGUCAUACUUUUCACACCAAAAUGUGACCACCCACUUGCAGUGUUAGAUAUACUGUACUUGUACCAUUAGCAAAAUCGAAACUCAUUCUAAAUGUUCUCAUUGUAGUGUUAGAUAUACUUUGGAGUGUACCACUGAAAUGGUACAUGUAUCACUGAACUGGUAGAUAUACCAGUGAACUGAUACACAUACCAUUGCACUGAUACAUGUAUCAUUGAACAUAUAUCAUUGAACAUAUACAUGUAUCACUGAACUUAUAGAUAUAUAUUAUUGAACUAACACACAUACCAUUGCACUGAGACAUGAACCACUUAACAUAUACAUGUACACUACCAAUGAAAAGAUAUAUAUACAAACAAUCUGAUACAUAUACAACCAUGAACUUUUUAUAAGUAUCACCACUAACUGUGGAGCACAAGGUGUUCUAAAAAAAGGGAAAUGCCCACAACAAAAGAUAUACAUCAAUGUAAUAAAUAAAAAUGAAGUCA